AUGUUGGCUGUACAAAGAGAGACUUGCAAAAUCACCACCGAAACCUUAGGUGCCUCAUCAAGUCAUCCGAUGCUCAAAUGUUUGUUGACCAGCUUGCUAGAAAACAUCUUGCAAAUUCAGGAUUUUAUUUUGACUAUGUUCUUGAUGAUAAGGGCAGACUGGUACAUGUGUUCUGGGCGGAUGCCACAUGUAGGAAAAAUUAUGCUCUAUUUGGAGAGCUUGUGUCCUUUGACUCCACGUAUAGCACCAAUCAAUAUAACAUGAUAUUCACCCCCUUUACUGGAAUCAAUCACCAUAAGGCAAGUGUUUGUUUUGGUGCUGCAAUGUUACACGAUGAGAAGGCAGAUUCUUACAAGUGGUUGUUUCGCACAUUCUUGAAAGCUAUGGGAGGGGCUGCACCUAGGUUUAUAAUAACUGACGAAUGUAGUAGCAUGGACAAUGCAAUAAGGGAAGUUUUCCCAGCAGCCACACAUAGGCUAUGCAUGUGGCAUAUUAUGAAUAAGAUCCCGCAAAAGGUUGGCCCUAAUUUGAAGACCGAUGAGGAUUUCCAUGAACGAUUAGGUCGGUGCGUGUGGUCUUCUGAAACUCCUACUGAAUUUGAGGAACGAUGGAAAGAAAUUAUGUCAGAGUAUGGGUUGGAAGAUGAUGAAUGGUUCAGUAAAAGGUUCAGCCUUCGAGAAUCAUGGAUACCAGCUUAUUUCAAAGAAAUAGCUUUGUCAGGGCUUAUGCGGACCACUUCAAGGUCAGAGAGUGCCAAUUCUUUUUUCUCACGUAUUAUUGGUUACAAGCAUGCUUUGGUUGAGUUUUGGCUUAGAUUUGACACGGCUUUGGAAGAACAACGUCAUAAGGAGUUGCAAGAGGACCAUGUGAGCCUACAUACGAUGCCUGUGUUGAAGACAUCGUGGGCGAUUGAAAAGCAUGGCAGCGAGGUGUUCACGCAUGAGAUAUUUCAGGAUUUUCAACAUGAGUUGCUUGCUGAUAGGGAUCGUUGCCUUGUUGAGAUGAUGGCACAUGAUGGUGAGGUUCUUGCACAUGUAAGUUGUUUGAGACACAUGGUAUCCCAUGUCGUCAUCUGAUCCAUGUCCUAAGAACUGCCCAGCUAAAUGAA